AUGAGUGGUUUCAGUUCAGCAGCUGCCAUGGAUGGCGUCAAUAUCAAGGACACCGAGAGGGCCUUGAUCGGAUCAUUGAUUGACUCGUACCCUUUCAAACCCGGCGGGUUGGUCAAAAAGACUAUCAGCAUCAACUACAAUGGCGUUCCUCAUCACCUUGUCAGCUACUAUAACGUCGACGAUGCGGCUGCUGGGAAUCUCACUACCCCUUCAAGGAGCUACGGCUUCAGUGGCAUCUCACCUCGAAGCGAACUCCUCGUGUCCCAAAAUUUCCGUGCUCCCAUCGACGAAGUACAGUAUGGUCCGGACGAUGAGGCUGGUGGCCCAUCAAGUCUCAUCGCGACAGUCGUCAAUCCUCCGACUGUCUCUGGUGGCUCACAUACCCAUAUGCCCCGAGCUUUGUCCAUUGGGGGCUUCCAUUCCCCUGUUCCAGGAGCAUACGGGUCUGUCCCGUACACAUACCAUCCACAACAUCAGUACCUGGCGACGAUGAACUCCUCCAUGCCAGUUCAGAUGCCACAGCCGCUUCCUUCCACGAUGCCGCCCUCGUUGGGUUCCUCGGGCCCGCCCUCGAUUCCGCCAUCCAUCUCCCCAGCGAUACCCUCCAGCACAUCUUCGAUUUCAUACACUCCACAGUCACACGGCAAUUAUUCCCUGGCCCCUUCCAGGGCCUCUCGCUUCAGUGCCAACACUGGUAUGGACAACGAAUUCCCCCGAAAUAUGUCACUACAUGACACGCCGAGACGAAAUUCGGCAUUUGAACUUACGCAGCCUCCGGAACUGUCCUCGCUACACCUUGGCCCAGUUACGGGAGGCAGACCUCCCCCGGGCUCCAGCACCUAUGUCGGACAAGGUUCAUAUUAUCUUCCCCAGCGAACCGGCCAAAUUCCGGGCCAGGACGGACAGGCUUUCAACCAACCGCGACAGACGAAACAGGAUCCCAAUACUUUAACCGGCGCAGAAGCUGGGACCCAGCACUACAACCUGGGCCACACUACGAAUGACUGGGCACUAGGACAGGCCGACAGUCAAGGCGACCUACAGUAUUUCGGGAAUAGCGCAAAUAAUGGUUCUGAACAGUGGCCUGGUGGUUCCAAUGACUAA